AUGGAUGGACUCAAACAAGAGGUUCAAAGGGUUGGUGAAGUCCAGAACGAAGCUCCUAGGGUUGAGGAGAAACCAUAUAACCGAGCUAGGAUUGAAGGAGAAUUGGCUAAGGACCUGAAAAAAAUAGCCCCACCAAAGUUUGAUGGAAAGACUAUUGGUGAUGGUGCAGAGGCAUGGGUGAUAGAGAUGGAGAAGUACUUUGGGCUCCGCAACAUGUCUAACGAAACCAAAGUAGUAUGGGCUGCUUACCAGCUUACUAGAGAAGUUGCCACUUGGUGGGAUAAUGAAAAGUCAGAAAGGAAGUUGCAACCUGGAGAUGUUACUUGGGAAUUAUUUUUGCAAUCCUUUAGGAAGAGGUGGCUUCUUCAGUUAUUCUUCGAUGAGAAGAUGACUGAAUUUCAAAAUCUCACACUAGGUGGCAUGUUGGUGACUCAAUACUGGGAGAAGUUUACCAACCUUCUUAAGUAA